CAAAACUUGAUUGUUAUCUCAGCUCAAGGGAGAAGCAUUCAAAGUUCAAUAAGGUUGCAAGUAGCAGCAACAAGAGUAGAAUGGUGAUUGAAAGUUCAGAGGCUUUCUCCAAUGCUUCUGAAUGUCUCAGUUCUGUUGCUGACACAAGAAGCAGGCGACGAGAAAUGUAUAGAAUCAAGGACUGCAGAAUGAAAAGGGUGCUCCAAGUUGAUGAAUUAGAACAUCUUAAUCAGCGGCUGAAAAUACUUGAAGAAGACACGGAGAGUGUGAAGCAAGCUAUACUUUGGCAUGUGAAAGAAAAGAGGGGGUUGGUGAACAGAAUUUACCAUUACUUUCAGCGUAUGCAAUAUAUGCUUUCGCAUAGAAGGGGAGUAAAAGGAGAACAAGUUUGCCGCGAGAAAUUGAUUAUGAAGACUCCGAAGGAUGGAGGAGCUGUCACAGGUCUGCCAGAGGUUCUAUGCCAUAACUUAAAUCCAUCGUUGAUCACCAAAGGAUUCCAAGCUGCUAUUUAUUUUUCCAAGAAACUCUAAGUUACUCCCAUAUCUUUAUGAUUCUUCCAUCUGAGACAUCAAUAAAGUAUGAAACUUGUAUAUUUCCCACCAUUCUCCAAACGUUGUAUUCAUUGAAGUUCUUGAAGUCCGUUCAUAGAUCUUCCAGUAAUACUUCAGGGGCAUGACAAAUGUGUAGAAGAAAGUGCUGCUGGAAUGACCCAGUCUGUGCCAUUCACAAGCACCCUCUCGCCCAAAUAAAGAAGUAACUUCAAAGUGAGAACCAAAAAUGAAAACAAGUGCCUCAGAAAGGAGAUUUUAGAGGUGGAAGGUGUGACUGUGCAGGCUGAGCUUACAAUAAUCAUUACUACUUCCAAUUUACGGUGUAAUAAGAAAUACAAAGAAAAUUAUCAGCUGUUUGAUUCAACGACCGAUUCAAGUAAACUAGAUACAAAUGAAAAACUUUACCCAUAAUUACAACAUGCAAAGUGAGA